CUGUCCUCCAUUGCUCAAAUCUCGCAUCUGAAGGUUAAAGUGUGUCUGUCUCAUCACACAGCGCUUCAGUCCAGCGGUUCUUGCAUAUCACUCUCCCUGUCCUUGCUCAUAAUUUGUAGAAAUAUUAACACAAUAUCAUGUCGAUAUUUGGUGAAGUCCCGCAGGCUGCUCCUGUCGCAGUGUUUAAACUGACAGCAGAUUUCCGUGAAGAUCAGAAUCCCAGCAAGGUGAACCUGGGAGUCGGAGCCUACAGGACAGAGGAAUGCCAGCCCUGGGUUCUCCCUGUGGUAAGAAAAGUGGAGAAGAUGAUCGCUGAUGACCAUAGUUUGAACCACGAGUACCUGCCCAUUCUAGGCCUGCCAGAGUUUCGCUCCAGUGCAUCUAAGAUUGCUCUGGGUGAAGACAGUUCAGCCAUCAAGGACAAACGGGUUGGAGCUGUGCAGUGUUUAGGUGGCACUGGUGCUCUGAAGAUCGGAGCCGAGUUUCUUCGCCGUUGGUACAAUGGAACCGACAACACAAAAACUCCAGUUUAUGUGUCUGCGCCAACAUGGGAGAACCACAAUGCUGUUUUCUCUAAUGCUGGAUUUGAGGACAUCCGUCCAUACAAAUAUUGGGAUGCAGGGAAGCGUGGACUCGAUCUGGAAGGUUUUCUGGGUGACCUCGAGAGUGCACCUGAUCACUCCAUCUUUGUGCUGCAUGCCUGCGCUCACAACCCCACCGGCACAGAUCCCACCCAGGACCAGUGGAAGAAGAUCGCUGAUGUCAUGAAGCGAAAGAGUCUGUUUGCCUUCUUUGAUUCAGCCUAUCAGGGUUUCGCCUCAGGAAAUUUAGAUAAGGACGCCUGGGCUGUCCGCUACUUUGUGUCACAGGGUUUUGAAUUGUUCUGUGCCCAGUCAUUCUCAAAGAACUUCGGUCUGUACAAUGAGAGAGUGGGGAACCUGACUGUUGUAGCCAAAGACCAAGACAAUUUGAACCGUGUACUGUCUCAAAUGGAGAAGAUUGCUCGAGUCACCUGGUCCAACCCUCCGUCCCAGGGUGCACGUCUGGUUGCCAUCACACUCAACACCCCUGAACUCUUUGCUGAAUGGAAGGACAAUGUGAAGACCAUGGCAGACAGGGUCCUGCUCAUGCGUGCUCAGCUGAAGGAAAAACUCAAAGCACUGGGAACUCCAGGAACCUGGGAGCACAUCACUGAACAGAUCGGCAUGUUCAGCUUCACCGGACUCAACCCUAAGCAGGUGGAGUACAUGGUGAAAGAGAAGCACAUUUAUCUGAUGGCGAGCGGGCGCAUCAACAUGUGUGGACUCACCACCAAGAACAUCGACUAUGUGGCCGAGUCCAUUCAUGAGGCUGUCACUACAGUCCAAUAAGCACCUUUACCAUACUUCCUUUUUGUGUGUGUGUGUGUGUGUGUUUGUGUUUCCACAGGAACAUAGACAUGCAGAGACACACACACACUGAUGCACCCCUUCACUUGCCAGCUUUCUCGGUUUAAUUUAGUCAUCAGUAUUUCAACAUUCUGUUUUAACUUGUAAUUAUAAAGCAAUGAAACCGU